UCAGUUCGAGUUGUUACACCACUAACCGCCGUUUGUUUUAAUAACACUUAACUACUGCAGUUUAAAUUUUAACAAAUUACCUUCUUUAAGGAGAGAACAUUUUUAAACACUUUGUUGUAUCUUCAGAGGUGAAAAAACUAUCGAUUUUAUUUUAUUUUCUUCUGUAUAAUUAUGGAAUGUGGAAUGAACCAUAGACUGCACGCCUUUGUUUCAUCGACGGGUUUGUUGCAGCAGGGGAGCAUGCUGUUCACCACACCUAGAACAUGGCACCCCCAUAUCUAUGAACCACCCAGAAAAUGUAGGAGACAUUUCAUAUCGGAUAUACUUGGACUGAGUGAAAACAAUGAAAAGGAAAAUCUAAAGAAAGAAAGUGUUAAAGAAAAUGACUUAAUAAGAAGUUAUACAUGUAAAUGUGAGGGGUGCUUCUUGAGAACAAGCACGUGUGACAUUAAGCAGGAAAUUAAAGAAGAAUCUGACCCCGAGGAUUCCCGAAAGAGAUCAUCCGAUGAUAACUGCAGUGAUCAAAAUCUAAAGAAAAAGAAAGCCCGAACGACAUUUACCGGGAGACAAAUUUUUGAACUUGAGAAGCAAUUUGAGCAGAAAAAGUAUUUGUCUUCGGCAGAAAGAGCAGAAAUGGCUACAAUGUUGAAUGUUACAGAAACACAGGUAAAGAUAUGGUUUCAAAACAGAAGGACCAAAUGGAAGAAACAGGAGAACAUUUCUAACGCUGAAGCUGCAGAACUUAAGCUCAAUGUAGAGAAAAGCACGGAUGUAUCGAAAAAACACGGCAAUAUGUCGACAGCCAAGAAAAAUAAAAGUGAGGAAAAAAUUUCACUGGCAUUCGAAAUUGAUAACAAAGACACGCAAACGGAAGUUAAAUCCGAAAUUGAUCCUGCAAUUAGUGAAGUAAUGAAUGAAAAAUUCCUAACAAAGCCUGACGUUUAUUCAAAUGAGAACAUGGCUGAAACAUUAUUAAGCAUUUCUAAAACCCAGAUGUCGCACUCUUCGAGUGAAAAUGACUUAGACGUUCAAGAUGACACGGGUGGAAUGUAAAUAAAAAUAUGGAAAAACAUUUUUGUAUAAAUUCUUCUUCAAAUACGCACGUGUAUAUUCCUUGUCACACCUGUAUUUACUCUGAGUAUGGGAGCCAUAUGUGUAAAAUUGUAUAUAUGCAUCUUAAGGGUGACCUCCUGAAAGAAACAGUCGGAGAACAAAAUGACUAAGAUUUUUUCUCCUCAUAAUGUCAACGUCGUUGUUCAGUCAUUCCAUUCUCUUUUAUAUGUAUAUCUUGAAUAAAUCCUUUAGAAUAAAGGUAACUGAAGA